AUGGAAACAGGUAAUAUGAAUUGCUCACCCAAAUUUAACUGGGAUACGACGGACCUUGUGGAGGAAUGGAGAACCUUCAUUCAACAUGCAGAGUUCUGGUUUGCAGGACCUAUGAGUACAAAAUCUGAAGAAGAGAAAUGUAACUAUUUAAUGAUCUGGAUCGGAGGUAAGGGCAGAGACAUAUAUUCAACAUGGACACUGACCGAGGAGGAGAAAAAGUCGUUUGACCAUCUCAAACGUCAAUUUGAAAAACACGUGAAACCGAGAACAAACCGCGUAUAUUCGAGAUAUCGGUUCCUCAGCCGUGCUCAGAAAGAAACUGAGACGUUUGAAAAGUUUCUAACUGAUCUGAAAUUACUUGCUAAAGACUGUGGAUAUCCUGAAGAAGAUGAUAUGAUCCGGGAUGCGAUAGUAUUUGGGACAAAGGAUCAUAAAGUCAGAGCGAAAUGCAUCAAUGAAGGGUCGGACCUCACACUGGAAAAGGCUGUGAAUUACUCGAGAACAUUUGAAUUGUCAAAAGAACAAGUGAAAUGUAUUGAAGAUAAAACUGUUCAUGCUAUCACUAAAAAGAAUAACCCCAAACAAGCCCGUGGCCCACACAAGCCUCACCAACAACAACAAACCAAAAGCAGUCAUGUCAGAGGGGAUGGUAGGUCUAAUACCUAUGACUGUAGAAACUGUGGACGACACCAUGGAUACAAACAAUGUCCAGCAUUUGGAAAAAACUGUGAUGCGUGUGGUAAGAUGAAUCACUUCGCGAACAAAUGCUUGUCCAAAGGUCCAAAUCAACACUCAAAUCAGAAACAGAGGAAGCACAAACAUGUUCAUACUGUAGACGUAUGGGAUGAUGACAAUGAUUUAUUUUUGGGUGCAAUAUAUACUGACAACCUUGAAAUAAAUGGGUUAUACGAGGAGAACAAGUGGACAGAAAGUGUUAAUGUUUGUAAAACGCCAAUAAACUUUCAGUUAGACACUGGCGCCAAAUGUAACGUGAUACCGUCUCGUGUUCUACAACAAAUUGACAAGGACAUUGAGAUAAACCCUACACAAAUGUCGCUCCGCUCUUUCUCUAACCAUACCAUUAAGAGUAAGGGAAGUGUGGUUCUCCCCUGUACGUAUAAGGAUAGAACAGUAGAUGUUUUGUUCUAUGUAGUGGACAUAGAUGCUCAACCAGUGUUAGGAUCAAAGGACUGCGAGCACUUAAAUCUGGUGAAACGUAUCUACUCAAUCAAACAAGAAACACAAUCCGUGCCCAAGGGAAUAUCUCCAGAGUAUUCUGAUGUGUUUCAUGGCCUAGGAUGCUUGCCGGGAACCUACACGAUUAAGGUAGACCCAUCAAUACCACCAGUUGUGCACGCCCCAAGGCGUAUUCCAUUCGCGAUAAAGGAAAAAGUAAAAGCUGAACUCGACCGGAUGGAAAACAUUGGUGUUAUCAAACGACAAACGGACCCAACUAAGUGGGUGAAUUCAAUGGUGACGGUCACAAAGCCAAAUGGAAAAAUUAGAGUGUGCAUCGACCCUCGCGACCUAAAUAAGGCAAUUCAGAGAGAACAUUUCCCCCUCAAAACAGUCGAAGAAGUUGCUGCUAUGAUGCCUGGUGCCAAGAUAUUUAGCAAAUUAGAUGCAACAUCUGGAUUUUGGCAGAUGCGUCUUGAUAAUGAAAGCUCCAAGCUCUGUACGUUCAACACACCAUUUGGACGCUACAGAUUUAUGCGACUUCCGUUUGGUGUAAAUUCUGCAACAGAGGUGUUUCAACGAGCCAUUUCUGAAAUGGUGCACGAUAUUGAUGGUACAGAAGCCAUCAUUGAUGACAUCCUAAUCUGGGGUGUUACCCAAGAGGAGCAUGAUCAACGGCUUGCUGCGGUACUAGAACGUGCCCGAGAAUACGAUCUGAAACUAAGUUUGGAAAAAUGUGAAAUAGGUAAACCUGAGGUUACCUAUGUGGGUCAUCGAUUCACAAGUAAAGGUCUCAAACCAGAUCCUGAGNAAAGCGAAGGACCCUUACUUGGCCUUGCUGGAGUAUAG